GUUCACUGCACGUGCACGAAAACACCUGAUCAACAACACCAACCUCAACUUCUUAGCGCAAACCUCUCUUCCAUCUGCAUCUGCUUUUCGUCGAUACAUCAUGUCCACCAGCACACCAUCUACUACCCGAACCGCCGAGCCGAUCAACCUCGUCUCCGUAAACACCGCCCCCGAACGCGCCAAACGUCUCAUCGGGAUCCUGAUCGAGGACGUCAAGAAUAGGUAUAAUAUCAGGCAUGCUGGGAAUUCUGAUACCAUCGAAGGCGUAAAACCGCUCUUACUCUCCAUCCAACCUCCGCCUGGGAUCCUCUUCUGCGCAUCGAUGUGGACCCCCGAACAACAAGCCGAGAUCCAACAGAUCGCUCGGGACACUAUUCCUGGGAUUAGGACCGCGGCCAUUCCAACAGGCCUCCAAGUCGACCAAGGUCCCGAAGCUGUGGUGACGUUCUUGAAGGGGAAGAUCGAUGAGAUUAUGGCCUAGAACCUUUUCCCGCCUCACCCCCGACGCCCUCUCCUAACUCUCCCUUGACCUUGACGUGCCCCCGGGUACCCCGCCGCAAUUUCGAAACCUCGAAACCUCGAUAUCCCGAUACCG